AUGGUACAGGAACUUGGCAAUUUGAUGGAUUGCGAAAGGGUUGACUCCGUGUUUGGUAUCGGGCAUGACUUUGGUUCCGUGGUGCUCUCCCGUGCCAUCACCUACAUGCCAGAACGCCUCAAAGGCGUGGCAUUUGUCGGGGUCGGAUAUGCUCCUCCACCUCUGGCUUUCAACCAGGCUGGUGUCGAAGCAGUCAACAACGCCACAUUAGCCUCACUAGGGUAUCCGACUCUGGGCUACUGGUACUUUAUGAAUGAGGACGAUACUGCCCCAAUAAUGGAUGUUUUUACGGAUUCAGCUUAUACGCUUACCUACACCAACAAUUCUUCGUAUAUGAAGGAGCAUUUCUCUCCUGUUGGAGCAUACAGAAAAUGGCUGUUAGACGACAAAAUUGCGCCAUGGGGAGGCUUCCUCAACUCUACUGACAGAAAAACCUUUAAGAGAAUCCUUGCUCUGCACGGCGGAUUUGAUGGGCCUUUGAAAUCCUACAAGUCGCUGAUGAGAGACAUCAAUGCGCUUGACGAAGCAGCCAUUCCCGCGUCCGCGGCCAACAUACCUCACCCUGCUCUUCUUCUGACCGCAAGCCUGGAUCCCGUCGGUCUUCCCGACGUACAGGUCAACAACACCGCUCCAUACGCCAAGAAAAUUCGCGUUAGGUCUCUAGAAGGUGGACACUUCGUGCACCUCGAGAGGCCCAAUGAGGUCAAUAGCGAAAUCCGGAGUUUGGUCGACAAUGUUACCGGCAACAUGAAGUCACAGGUUCAAUAG